CGGGCCCAAACAAGGACAGGUCUCGCGGUAACUGCGCGGCCGCGUCACAGAAGCAGCGCUUGGAGAGACGCGGAGGAAGCCAGCGGCCCUUUAGGCUGAAAGUCUUCGGAUCUCGACAGAAGAGGCGACGAACACGUCACAAAAUGACCAGAGGAAACCAGCGUGAGCUCGCACGCCAGAAAAAUGCCAAGAAGCAGAGCGACCACGGCAAAGGCAAGCGAUCCGACGACGGGCUGUCAGCUGCCGCUCGCAAGCAGAGGGAUGCUCAGAUCAUGCAGCAGAAGCAGAAGCAGGCCAACGAAGGCGGCAAGAGCGGAAAAGAAAGCAAGUAGAGGAGGACUCGGCGCCUGACUCUGCCUCCUCGUGGCCCAACACCCCGCCUUCAGCCUUCUCUCUCUGAUGUUGUCCAGACUGAAUCUGUGGUUCCAGACUCCCAGAACUUGGAUCCGCCUUUCCUUCCUCUCCAGGCGGACGGUGCGAACAGAAGAGCGUCUGUGUUCGCAGCUCCAGCGGGACGAAGCGGCCAUCUAACUCUGUGUAUUUUUGUAUAAAUCCUCCCCCAUGGUUGCAAAUAAAGUGUAUCUUUUUAGUUGA